AGUUCUGCCUGUGCUUUGAAAAUCUAUGAAUUUCCUUUCUGCUGCAUCUGUGUGACUUGUCUUUUGCCUUUCGGGAUUCACGUGAUUACACUGUACUCACCAGGAAAAUCCAGGUUAAGUCCUCCAUCUUAAGUGGGCAUUCAGUGACCACCUGUUGAAUGAGUUCAUGGCAUCCAAGUGCACAGCCACCUAAGGCAUCGGGCCUCCUGAAAUCACAAGCAGCCAAGGCUGGCAGCCAGUAAAUGACCUGCGACAUAACUAUUUGCAAAACAAAUGGGGAAGACCAAGAUAAAGAUAAGUUAUAUCACAGGAAAGCAAUUGAAAAUGCAAAAAUGAAGCAUCUGAAUGAAGGACUAAUAACACUGAAUUCAGCUUUUGUGAAUCUUAUCUGCAGAUAUGUACAGACCACAUCCUAAGAUUGACUUCUGCCUCAACAGAAAUACAUGAGCCAGUGCAUUAUUGGAAAUGAUUUGCGUGUUUUAAGAACUGGUGUAUAUAGGAAUCCUGCUUUUUUUUUUUUUCUUUGAGACAGGGUCUCGCUCUGUCACCCAUGCUGGAGUGCAGUGGUGCAAUCACAGAUCACGGCAGUGUCUAAAUCCUGGGCUCAAGUGAACCUCCUGCAUCAGCCUCCUGAGUAGCUGAGACCACAGGAUAUGAAAGAUGGCAAGUCCAGAUAGAAGUAAACGGAAGAUAUUAAAAGCCAAAAAAACAAUGCCCCAAAGUUGCCGGAAGCAAGUAGAGAUGCUGAAUAAGUCAAGGAAUGUUGAAACGCUGAAAAUAGCCGCAGUUGGGAAUAAUGUUCCAAGUGGUAAUCAGAGUUUCAGUCCUAGUGUCAUAACUACCAAAUGUAGCCCUUCUGAAAAUGAUGCAUCCUCAUUGGACUCUAAUAAAAAUUCAAUAUCAGAGAAAAGUAAAGUAUUCUCUCAGAAUUGCAUAAAACCAGUAGAAGAAAUUGUUCAUUCAGAAACAAAAUUGGAACAAGUUGUUUGUUCGUACCAAAAGCCAAGUAAAACAACAGAAUCCCCCAGCAGAGUCUUCACAGAAGAGGCAAAAGAUUCACUGAACACUUCUGAAAACGAUUCUGAGUAUCAGAGAAAUGUAACAAGAUCCCUUUUUGAGCAUGAAGGGGCUUGUAGUCUGAAGUCCAGUUGCUGUCCACCCAGUGUAUUGAGUGAUGUUGUUCAGAUGCCAGAGUCUACAGUAACCAGUACCAUGGGUGAUAAGAAAACUGACCAGAUGGCUUUCCAUUUAGAAACAAACUCCAAUUCAGAAUCACAUGAUAAAGGGCAAACUGACAACAUUUUAUGUUCAGAAGACUCAGGUUUUGUGCCUGUUGAGAAAACACCUAAUUUGGUGAAUUCAGUCACUUCUAACAAUUGUGCUGAUGACAUUUUGAAAACCGAUGAGUGUAGUAGAACCAGUAUUUCAAAUUGUGAAAGUGCAGACUCAACAUGGCAGUCAUCACUUGACACUAAUAACAACAGCCAUUAUCAAAAGAAGAGAAUGUUUUCAGAAAACGAAGAAAAUGUUAAACGCAUGAAAACAUCAGAGCAAAUUAAUGAAAAUAUUUGUGUAAGUUUGGAAACGCAGACAGCAUUCCUGGAACAGGUCAGACAUUUGAUUCAACAGGAGAUCCAUAGCCUAAGUUAUGAACUAUUUGAUAAGAAACUGAAAGAAUUGAACCAACGCAUUGGGAAGACAGAGUGCAGAAAUAAACAUGAAGGAAUAGCUGAUAAACUCUUGGCAAAAAUAGCAAAACUUCAAAGACGUAUUAAAACAGUAUUAUUAUUUCAAAGGAAUUGUUUGAAACCAAACAUGUUAUCCAGUAAUGGAGCCUGUAAGGUUGCAAAUUCAGAGGCUAUAAUUUUGGAUAAGAAUUUGGAGUCAGUUAAUAGUCCAAUUGAAAAGUCUUCUGUGAAUUAUGAGCCUUCUAACCCUUCAGAAAAAGGAAGUAAAAAAAUUAAUUUGUCACCAGAUCAAAAUAAGUCUGUUUCUGAAAGUAACAAUGAUGAUGUUAUGUUGAUUUCUGUGGAAAGUCCUAAUUUGACAACUCCAAUUACAUCAAAUCCAACAGAUACCAGAAAAAUUACAUCAGGAAAUUCUAGCAAUUCUCCCAAUGCAGAAGUUAUGGCUGUACAGAAGAAACCUGAUUCUAUAAUUGAUUUGACAAAAGAAGGCCUAUCCAACUGCAAUACAGAAAGUCCAGUAUCCCACCUGGAGUCACAUUCGAAAGCUGUUUCAAACUCAAAAGAAACAACCCCAUUGGCACAAAAUGCAGCCCAGGUUCCUGAGUCCUUUGAGCACCUGCCACCUCUCCCAGAACCACCAGGACCACUACCUGAAUUAGUAGACAAAACCCGAGACACACUUCCUCCCCAGAAGCCUGAGCUCAAAGUGAAACGGGUUUUCAGACCGAAUGGCAUUGCCCUGACUUGGAAUAUAACCAAAAUCAAUCCCAAGUGCGCUCCUGUAGAAAGCUACCACCUCUUCCUGUGUCAUGAGAACUCUAAUAAUAAAUUGAUUUGGAAGAAGAUUGGAGAAAUUAAAGCUUUACCACUCCCCAUGGCCUGUACUUUAUCCCAGUUUUUAGCUUCCAACAGAUACUAUUUUACUGUCCAAUCAAAAGAUAUUUUUGGACGAUAUGGACCAUUCUGUGAUAUAAAAUCUAUCCCUGGGUUUUCUGAAAAUCUUACCUAAAAGAGAGGUCUUUAAUAAUGAUAUACUACUUUUUUUUUCCAUAUUUGUUUGUUUACAAUGUUACUGUAAUACUAUUUGCCGUUGUAAAAGGCCAGCUCAGAUUGUGAGCCCUUUCCAUUGGGACAGUCCUCUUCUGUAUGUUGUAAGUGGCCAGUCAUUUGAUGAAUUUCUGGUUUGUAUUAAAUACGUCCUUCCGAUGGAUAAGUUCUAAAACACGCUAUCAUGGGCCUAUGUUGCUGAGGUGCGUUGUGAACAAUAACCUUUGGUGACUGUGGAACUGCUGCUUCUAUCAGAAGAGCUAGGAUACAAGCAGCCACUGUUUCCUCCAUUAACAAUCAGCUUUUAGUGACCUGCUGUGGUCAGCAUAACUACAGGAAAAGUCAGCCCUUGACUGAGAGCCAGAUCAUCCCUGGAGUGCACCCCUACCAAGAUUUUAUGAAAAGAUGACAUGUUGGGCUGCAUGAUAAAAGUUAAUUAUAAAAAUUAAAAAAAAUUUUUUUUUGAGAUGGAAUAUUGCUCUGUUGCCCAGGCUGGAGUACAGUGGCACAAUGUCACCUCACUGCAACCUCCAUCUCCCGGGUUCAAGCAAUUCUGUGUCAGCCUCCCAAGUAGCUGGGACUAUAGUCGCUUGCUACCACGCCCGGCUAAUUUAUUUUUAGUAGAGAUGAGGUUUCACCUUGUUGGUCAGGCUGGUCUCUUAACUCCUGACCUCAAGGGAUCCACCUGCCUCGGCCUCCCAAAGUGCUGGGAUUAUAGGCGUAAGCCACCAUGCCUGGCCAAAAAUUAAAAGAUUUUAUGAAAAGAAACGGCUUCCCAUUCUAUUCAGCUUCUAAGUGGGCUAUUCAUUUGUGCCCCUCCUCUUUUUUGUUUUGUUUUGCACUUUGUCAAUCAUUUGGGGAAACAGCCGAGAGGUCUUUCCUGAAUCUGUUUCUAGACAUAAUAAAAUUUGUGUGCCGUGUACACAAAAACAUAAUAGUAUCUUAUGAAAGCAUUACCCAACCUGUUUGAGUUGAGAAUGGAUUUGUCCACCUUAGAUUUGAGGCUUUAGUUUGCUGAUUUCCUAAAUGCUACCCUUUGAUCAUUUCCUGGCUGCCAUCACAAUACUAAGGGGCUCAGGUGUGUCUUGUGCCCACCUCUUCCUGAGAAGAGAUGGAAGUGGAGCUGUGACUAGUACAAGCAGCCCAAGAAACUGAACAGGGCCCAAUGGAGGCAAACUUGAGAAAAUAACUAGGAUGAUAAGAAACAAAAAUAAUCCCAACUGUUUGAAAGUUCGAAAGAGGGGCAUUCUUUCCUGGUACAUGGUGAGAGUUCAGGCUCCAGAGGCUCAAAACGGAAUGGUUUUCCUUGGCAUUUUGUAAAUGCUCUCACAUCUGCAGUAAUAAAGCUGUUAUUUUCUGCA